GUAUACAUCCGUAAGGUCAAGAUCCUUAAAAGUCCCAAAUUUGAUGUACAAAAGUUAUUGGAUUUACACGGUGAUAAUCUUGACACCGGUUCUAAAAUGGGAGGGGGUAGAGAAUUCAAAGAACCAGAAAUUCAAGAUUCU